CACACAAAUAAAUAAUUAGCAGGCAGUAUUCACAUUAUACAUACUUUGAUUCAUAAAGACAAGGACAUUUCUCCUUUACAACUGUCCAUUUAUUUCUGUGAUAAGUGUGUAAGUGGAGAACAGAUAAGUAAGGUGUAAUAAGGUGAGAAGUCUCAGCUCUAGCUCCACCUUUUCUCGUGUUCACUGCCCAAUCAAAUCACAUUAUUGACCUGUUAAGUGAGGGAUCUCCCCUGUUGAAUAUGUGGGAGUUGGAUGAAACGGUGAUAGGAAAACAGAAGCUAAGACAAACUGAGAGAAGCUACGGAGGCAGACAAAAAAGAGAAAAAGGCAGCUCAGCACAGCUUGAAGCAGGAAUGAAGUAUCCUCCAGCUCCUCAGAGUAAAUCUCUGUUAGAUAUGGAGGUGGCCAACUACUGCGAAGGCCUGGAUCCAUCAUACAGCACACUAGGGUUUGAGAAUGCAGAGGUCCUCUAUGCAGGAGGAGACAGUAUGCCAGCAGAACCAAGCCACUCUGGUCCAGAUGGGCUGAAUGCUAACUGCGCAAUCUGUGGAGAUAAAGCCACAGGAAAACACUAUGGGGCUUCUAGCUGCGAUGGCUGCAAAGGCUUCUUUAGACGCUCCAUACGCAAAAGCCAUGUGUACACCUGCAGGUUCAGCAGACAGUGUGUGGUUGACAAGGAUAAGAGGAACCAAUGUCGUUUCUGCAGACUCAACAAAUGCUUUAGAGCUGGCAUGAAAAAAGAAGCUGUACAGAAUGAGAGAGAUCGGAUCAGUUCCCGAAGAGUCAUCCCAGAUUCUCAAGACCUUCCACCCAUUACAAUAUUAGCUCAGGCAGAGUCAUUAUCCCAACAAAUCAUCACUCCUGUAGGACUGGUAGACGUAUCGGAUGUGAAAUCAGCCACUGUAGGGGAUGUGUGUGAUUCUAUGAGGCAACAGCUGUUGGUUUUGGUGGAAUGGGCCAAAUAUAUUCCUUCCUUUGGCGAGUUGCCACUAGAUGAUCAGGUGAGCUUACUCAGGGCUCAUGCAGGUGAACAUCUCUUGCUUGGGGUUGCCAAAAGGUCAAUGCCAUUCAAGGACUUUCUCCUUUUAGGUAACGGCUGUGUGAUACACAGGAACGGCCCUGAACCUGAGAUUUGCAGAGUUGCCAGCAGGAUAUUAGAUGAGCUAGUCCAGCCUUUCCAAGAUAUUCAGAUAGAUGACAACGAGUAUGCAGCUCUCAAGGCAAUUGUCUUUUUUGACCCAGAUGCAAAGUCGUUGCGGGACCCAACGAAAAUUAAGACUAUGCGUCUUCAGGUUCAGAUGAGUCUGGAAGACUACAUAAACGACCGUCAGUACGACUCCAGGGGUCGUUUCGGAGAGCUCUUACUGCUGCUUCCCACCCUGCAGAGCAUCACCUGGCAAAUGAUUGAACAGCUCCAGUUCAUUAAGCUAUGCGGCCUGGCCAAGAUAGACAACCUCCUGCAGGAGAUGCUACUGGGAGGGCUAACAACAGAGUCCAGCCACCUCCACCAUGCGGCACACACCCAGUUGACCCAGGACCAUGUGACUGGACACACCCUUGUCAUCAGCACCAUGCCUGCUGCUCAAGUUCCACAAAUAGCUUCACCUGAGACUCCCAUCCCAUCGCCACCACAGGGUCCCACCACAGAAAUGUACAAACAUUUCCCUCAGCCUCAUUGUCCUCCCGUCAGCCCCUCAUCUUCUACACAGACGGACCCCUGACUCCUUCCUGCCCUGUGACAAAGAAUCUGUCAUGAAAUCAGUUUUCUUUUUCCUGGAUUUAUAGUUUAUUAUACUAAUGUAAAAGUUAGGAAGGCACUCCUUAUUCAGUAUGUCUUAAAGACUCUCUCUCCCCCGUCCCCUAGUGUUACAGCAACAAUGGUCUCAGAAUAAAUUGCCUGCCGUUCAAAGGUAAGCUUUUAUUCAAAUUUAAACCCUCACAAGUCUACAUCUUUCAACAAGAGACCAGACACAGGGGCUUCAGCUGUAAUGAUCAGAGGACGGGGCGCAAUUUAGGGGCUCAUUUAGAAUCCAGCUGGUGUUCCACCCAGCUCCGACCGGCCGCAUCAUUCCAAUAGUCAUCUCACAGUGGUAGGAAUGAUGUGUGUGAGUAAACUGUAACUUCAUUACUUGAACAGCCUUACAUGACAACAGGCUUGGUCAUCUGAAAAAAAAAAAAAGAAAAAAGAAAUGCUAUGUAUAUAUUUUGAGCAUCUAUUGCUCGUGGUUUCCAGGUUUAAAAAGACACAUUUUCUGGAUUUUUUUUUUUUUUUUGGCAAUGCCGAUUUGUCUGAAUGAAGUAGAAUGGAAAAUAAAAAGAACAAUUCAGUGUUAGACAUUUUAAUGAGGUAUACAUUUUCAAGCAGAAACUGCCAUUUAGCUGCUUUUGAGUUAUUCCAAUGUUUGCUCAUCAGCUACCCAUCUAACCCAGACUGACACCUGACACAGUCUCCAAAACCAGCCAGCUUGGCUCUCUGACUUGACCUGACCCAAAACUGGAUUUGCACGCAAAGUAGAUUAGCUAAAAGACAAAUGGUUCAACAUGAAACAGCAUAGUGUAAAAAAAAAAAAGAAUGUAAAUGAAUGUUAACAUACUAAAUCAUAAAAGAAUUUGCAAAUUUUAGAAAUAGAUCAUUCUUUGUUUUAAUUGACUUCAAUUAAAACAAUAUAUGGACAUAAGAAAUUUUAACAAUGUAAUCUCGAGUGCAAAAAUUUAUUUGUUGCAAUACAAAUUUAUAUUU